AUGGUGCUAAAUUUUGAUGAUGAAUUGAAUUUACAAGAGUAUACAAUUUCUAACCAAAGCUUGGAAAGAACUAGUAGUAUUAAGCCUGAUAACAUUAGUAAUAUACUUGAGGAAGCACCAAAUGAAAUACCGAAUAAUCAACCGCACGUUGACUUCACAAAUUCAGAAUUAGAAUACUUGACCUGUCACAGUUUAACAGCACAUGCGUUUGAAAACAGCGAAAUAGACGUAUCACCUGCCAUUUCAAACCAAACACAUCAGCUGCUAAGGCCCUCGUUUUCUUCCGAGUAUGAUACCGACACAACCGAUCUUAUAGGGAUUGUAGAACAGAGUACUCAUCAUACAAAUGCAACUUAUAACCACUACAACAAAUCAUCAGAAGAAUUGGCAUUUCAAGAGAGUAUUGACUACUCGACAUUCCUUGAGAAUGUACUUGAAAAGGAAAACAACAACAGCAUAGGAGAUAUAGAUUCAAAUAAAGAGUUUGAAAAUGCAGCAACAAACUUAUUCAGCUCGGAAAACUGUGAGCACGAUUUGUUACUACUACAGCACGAAUUGCAGGAAACCGGUAUACCUAUAGAGCAAUUUCAGCCCCAAUCUUACAUGUACAACGAAGAUAAUGCUGACUUGAUAAAUCAAAGUCCAGCACAAGUCAAUACCGCCGCCACCGUCACAACAACAACCACACUGCUGGUUCUGGUUCUACUGUUAGUUAAAUCUCCUUGUCACGUGAUUUCCAACUAUGAGGAUUUUGUUACUUCGCCAAUAUAUGAAUGGCCAAAUGACGAAUCGGGCGUAUCAGUUAACCUUUUGAACACAAUUAAUGUACGAGUGGCGAAUUUGGAGCCAAAAACAGUCAGUGAUGCCGUGAGGAAAACGAUACGAGAGGAAUUUGUUAUACAAGAUAUGUUUCUCAAUGGGAAAUCUCUCCUCCCGCCAGAAAUACCCAAAUCUAUUAGGAAAAAGUCAGAUAGAGAUGUUGAAUGGACUCCCCUCAGUGUUUACAAAGCGUAUACAAACAUUAAAUCACCUACUAACGGUAAAGAAGCAUAUAACCAUUUAGUGCCCUAUACUUCUUGUAUUGGCACGCUAAAUUACCGACCAAAAGAUCACGCUGCUUGGAAACGGGCUCCGAAUAGACGUCGCUAA